UGUGAGACUGUGGCGAUGUCUGGGAGAGGAAAGGGCGGUGGUGGGAAAGCUCGCGCGAAGGCGAAGUCCCGGUCAUCCCGGGCUGGGCUGCAGUUCCCGGUGGGCCGUGUUCACAGGCUCCUGAGAAAGGGUAACUAUGCUGAGCGUGUGGGUGCCGGAGCGCCGGUCUAUCUGGCUGCGGUGCUCGAGUACCUGACGGCUGAAAUCCUCGAGCUGGCCGGUAACGCGGCCCGCGACAACAAGAAGACCCGCAUCAUCCCCAGGCACCUCCAGCUGGCCGUGCGCAACGACGAGGAGCUCAACAAGCUGCUGGGAGGGGUGACCAUCGCUCAGGGUGGGGUGCUGCCUAAUAUCCAGGCCGUGCUGCUGCCCAAGAAAACCGCCGCUGGGGGCGCCACUAAAAAGUGA